GCAAAAACACAACCUCACGACAGGGCUCGUCAUCGGCGACACGCUUCACCGGUCGUUCAUUGCCGAAAGGGAACGGAAGGAAACGCAAGUACUUACUCCAAACGCUGUGUUACGCGACCCACACCAGUGACCUCCACCACUCCUCCCUACUUCCACUGUGCCGCCUUGCCGUCUGUGUCUACGCAAUCACGCGUCUUCAGCUUCCAAUCCCAAGCUCGCUCGGUUUUUGACCAUAACUACACCGCCAGUAGACAAUGAGCAGCGCUGAGCCGCAGACGAAGAAAACGAAAAUGGCUUCGAGUUUGGAACAACUGAAACAGCUCACCACGAUCGUGGCCGAUACCGGCGACUUCGAGGCGAUGAAAACGUACAAGCCCACCGAUGCUACGACGAAUCCGUCGCUGAUUUUGUCUGCUGCCGGCAUGGAACAGUAUCAGCAUCUGAUCGAUAAGGCCAUCAAGCACGGACAAAAGGCGGGAACCACCAUGGAAGAGAAGGUUUCCGAGGCGGCCGAUAUGCUGUUCGUGCUGUUUGGCUGCGAGAUUCUGAAGCUCGUGCCGGGUCGCGUAUCGACCGAAAUCGAUGCGCGGCUUUCCUUCAACAAGGAAGCUUCCAUCGCCAAGGCUCUGAAGCUGAUCGCUCUGUACGAGGAGGCGGGCGUGAAGCGGGACCGCGUACUGAUCAAGUUGGCCUCCACUUGGGAAGGUAUCCAGGCGGCAAGCGUACUGGAGAAGGAGCACAACAUUCACUGCAAUCUCACGCUGCUGUUUUCGUUCGCCCAAGCCGUCGCGUGUGCGGAAGCGGGCGUCACUUUGAUUUCCCCGUUCGUUGGCCGUAUCCUCGAUUGGUACGUGGCAAACACCGACCAGAAAACGUUCGAGCCCGAGCAGGACCCGGGCGUCAUCUCGGUGACAAAGAUCUACAACUACUACAAGAAGUUUGGCUACAAAACCGUCGUGAUGGGUGCUUCGUUCCGUAACGUGGGUGAAAUCAUGGCGCUGGCUGGGUGCGAUCUGCUCACCAUCAGCCCGAAGCUGCUGGGCGAUCUGGAAAAGAGUGCCGAACCGGUGAAACGCUAUCUCGACGCCGACAAGGCCGCAUCGGCGAACCUGGAGAAAAUCCAAAUGGAUGAGGCAACAUUCCGCUGGAUGUUGAAUGAGGAUCAAAUGUCUACCGACAAGCUUUCGGACGGUAUUCGCAAGUUUGCUGCCGAUGGCCGUAAGCUGGAAACCAUGCUCCGUGGCCUGCUGCAGGCCGCUGAGUAAAAACAGGGGCUGGUGGUUUGUGGAUUGGAAAAAAUAGCGAAUCAAAACGCCACAAAUAAUCGACAGAGGGAAAUUAUCUUAAGGGGGACACUCCCUUUGUAAAGUUUACAGUUUCUGUUUUACUUUUCUGUGUUUUUUGGAAUAAAAUCGAAUUGUUCAAAUAUUUUGA